CUCAAAUAUUUGUGCAGGGCCGUGACCGGGGAGGAGCAGCGCCCGGCCAGAGGUGCGGGAGGCCCUGAAGCGGCGGCACCAUGACGGCUCCCAUCCCCGCGGGCCCGGGCAGAGGCGGCACGGCCGGCCAGCCCCUCCGCGGCCCCCGCCUGGCUCUGCUCUUCUCCAUCCUCUUGCUUCUGAGCAGCUCCGUCCAGGGCAGGCAGGAGCUCCGGGCGCUCUCCGAGGAGGCAACGGCACCUGCGGCGGGGCACCCGGCCCGCCGGCUGGCCCGCAUGACGCCCUUCUGGAGGACGGUGGGCAGCAAACCGCCGGGCGCCCACUGUCAGCACAGCCUCGAGUGCAUCACCAAGGCCUGCAGGGCCGGGCGCUGUGCCACGCCGCAGUACGAGUGCUGAUGGCCACGGACACGUCAGGAACGCCAACCUCUCCCCGGCAGCACGGCGGAAAGCUGGGGCGCACCGAGCCCCUUCUGCAGGGAUGAGGACUGCUCUGCAGCCCCCUGCGCCCCACGGCCAGCUGGACUGCGCCUAGAGCCGUGCCAGGCCGCGGGGGGGCCGGGGGGGGAGGGGGCUGGACUUCGGCAGAGCAAUGCCGUGGCCGCCGGGGGUGUCCUUGCCCGGGACGUCAGCUGGACGGGACGGCUCGUCCGGCAAUAAACCGCCCCGCGCGGCGGCGGCAGCUCUUCCGGGGCCUCUC